AUGUCCCUCCAGAAGCUAUCGACCGAGCUUGAUGGCCACAUCGCCAGCUGCCUCGUCGGCAACACCAAGGCUCUCAGCGCCUUUUCCAAGACGAACAAAUACUACCGAGGCAUUGCUGAGCCAUAUCUCUACACGAAUGUUGAAGUGUAUGAAUCUGAUCUUGAAAGGCCACUGCGACUGCUCUUCACGUUGUUAGACCGUAAGGAACUCGCCCUUCACAUCAAGAGCUUGAGCUACGUACCAGCCCAGCAUGGGUCCUCUCACGACGCCGACAUAAAGCCGUCGACGAGGAAGGAGCUCCAGUCUGAUGUAUGGAAGUACACGUACGCGAUACAAGAGGUGCUGGACGAAGUUCUCUCUCCAGGAUGCGGGUUCUUGGAAUUCCUCUCAGCAAAACUGACCUUGUAUUGUGACAUACUGACGGCUCCCAUGGGACACUAUCUAGCCAGCGACCAGGUUUUCACGCUCAUUCUGUUUAUGGCGCAGAAGGUCCAGUAUCUAGAACUUGGUUCCAAAGAGCCACCUACACAUGUGUUACGUCUCCUUUGGGCACCUUGGAAUGACGGCAAAGGCCCCUUUCAGAACGUUAAACGUCUCGUCCACAACGCCGGUCUUUCUCUGAUGCCUUCCGCCGUGGUACUGCCAACUCUACGAACACUAGAGUACAACGUCGGGUAUUUCGACGUCGCACGAACGACUACGUCGAUCUUCCAUUAUCCAUCCCCUAUGCCUGCGUCACCCGUCCUCCGCCGAAUUCAGUUUACGACAACCAGAAACAUCACUCCUGCUAUAAUCCAGAACAUGGUCAGCAACCCAGCAAUGGCCAACCUCCGAGAACUCGUAGUAGAUGAUUGCGGACGCAGCAUACGCAACCUGCCUCUCGCUUUACGUGGCGACAACCUAGCCGAACUCCUACGAAGCCUAGAGAAACACACUCCACUCCUAGAACUACUCCAGUGGUCAACUCAGAAGUCCGACCAACAAGAAGGCCACCCACGUUUCGAUACGUUCAAAGACCUCACAAACCUCCGCAAGUUACACAUCGAUUUCGACCUCCUUGUCCCCAAAAGCGACACCAACUCCACCAACUUGAAGUGUCUCUCCAACCCUUACGCCGUCUUCCCCGCAAGCUUGGAAGAUUUGACGUUGGACUGCGUUGAUAUCGAUAAGCUCCACCAUCUCAUCACCAUGUUCCACGACUCCAUCGAAGAAAGCGACGACAUGAGCGAAACUGAGGCACUCCAAAUCUGCCUCGCCAGUCUAGCCGCCAUGUUUCCUCCCCUUAAACGCCUCGCCCUCGUAGUAGUCAUGGAGAUGGACAACCCACGUGAGGAUGCACCUCGCCUACAUGAGUUGGAUCCGGCGGAUAUCACCUUCUUCCGGUACGCUGCAGAUGAGCUUCAUAAGCUGGGUAUCACAUUUGAGGUCUGGAGGAAAGAAGGGCAUUAUGAGAAGGAGAAGAAGUUGUUGGUGAAGAAGGGGUGGACGGCGCCGUUGCCGCAUUCGGUGGUGAAGGCUGUGCAGCGGAGGGCUAGUCAUUGGUCAGAUAACGUUGAUGAUCUAUAG